AAAUUUGUCCAGCCAGAAGCCUCCGAAAGAGAAAUAUGAUUUCUGUCAAACAGGGAACUCCUGGCCAAACUUGUGGCUGCCCGUGGCCACCUACAGAAGGCAGUGUUCCCAAAGGGGGGCAUCACAAUGUUGUUUUAUGGUUUUUUAUCCCAACACCUUGUAUCAUCAGGAAUCCCUGGUGGUCGGCUGCCCAGGCUUCUGAGACAAGGCAGCAGCAGAGGAGACAGAAAGCGGCGCCCGUUUCCCCCGGGGGCCAUGGAGCCCGAGACGCGCAGCGUGCAGAUUGAGUUCCCUCACUACGCCGCCGUCCUGCUGGAGUCGCUCAACAAGCACCGCCUGGAGGGCAAGUUCUGCGACAUCGCCAUCCACGUCCAGGGCCGCGUCUUCCAGGCGCACAAGAGCGUCCUGGCCGCCUCCUCGCCCUACUUCCACGACAAGCUGCUCCUGCACGACACCAACUGCAUCGUGCUGCCCGGCGUCAUCGAGCCGGACGCCUUCGAGAACCUCCUGCAGCUCAUCUACUCGGGGCGCCUCAAACUGCUCCUGGAGGCCCUGCCCAGCCACCUCCUGGUGGCUAGUGGGCUCCAGAUGUGGCAGGUGGUGGACCAGUGCUCAGGCAUCCUCAAGGAGCUGGAGGGCGGCGCCUGCCGGCCUUGGUCCAGCCGCACCAGCGAGAGCCAGUCGCCCAGCAGCAGCAACUACUUUGGCUCCAGGGACGAGGCCGAAGCUGAGGCUCCUGGGCGGCGGCGCGCCUGCCCCGACGGCGAGGUCCUGAAGAUCCGCGUGCCGCCUGACGAGGAGGAGGACGAGGAGGAGGAGGAUGAGGAGCACCAGGCGCAGAUCUGCAGCGGCUCCACCGACGGGCCGGCCAAGGCCGAGGAGAGCCGAGCCAAGGAGCCGCCCUUUGCCUCGGCGCACGAGGCCCCCAAGGUCUUCUACAUCAAGCAGGAGCGCUUUGACGCUGAGGAGGCGGCCGCCUCGGCCUCGGGGCUGGGCGGGGCCGGCAGCAGCUCGUGUCUGUCGGAGGCUGGCUUCUUCAAGUCUCUGGGCAGGCCGCUGGCCGUGUCGGGGCUGUGCCCGGCCGAGAUCCAGGAGAGCGGCGAGGUCAGCUACCUGCUCCCUGGCGCCCCGGCGGCAUCCUCGUCCAGCGGCCCCGGCGGCGGCUUCUCGGCCAAGGCGGACUCAGUGGCCUUCCCCGAGAGCUCGUGGAAGCCCGUGGACCUCCAUGGCAACGAGAUCCUGGCGCACGCCGUGCACGGGCAGGUGGUUCACGCGCCCGUCAAGCUGAUGUCUGCGCCCGACGGCAAGAAGUUUGGCUGCCUGUGCGGGAAGCGCUUUGCGGUCAAGCCCAAGCGGGACCGCCACAUCAUGCUGACCUUCAGCCUGCGCCCCUUUGGCUGCUCCGUCUGCAACAAGAAGUUCAAGCUCAAGCACCACCUGACCGAGCACAUGAAGACGCACGACGGCAACCUGUACGCCUGCGAGGACUGCGGGCGCAAGUUCCGCGUCCAGAGCUGCUUCCUCAAGCACAAGGAGAUCUGCAAGGGGCAGGGAUGGGCCACUGCUUGCUGGACCUACAAGUAGAAGCAGGGGGGAGAGGCCCACCCAGAGAUGGAUGGAGGGAUGGGAAUCCCUGUGGACCCUCUUGGGGGCACAGAGGCGGGUUUGGGGGUCAGGGGGCCAGAGUACGUGUGGUGGGUAGGGCACCUCACCCUGUGCUGGGGGGCGAUGGCAUAGACACGCCCAAAGACCCCCCCUUCGCCAGCCCCGCCACUUUGGGGAUCAGGCUGGCGUGAAAGGCAGGGAGCGAAGGGUUAAGCCCCAGGUGCUGGGGGGCGGGCUCCGUCAAGAGGGCUUUCCCCUUCCUGGACAGUCAACUGGCACAUGGCUGCUCCCCCCCCCCGCCCCAGGCAUGUAAGCUGUGGGGCCCUCCUGCUGCCGGCCCAGGGGUCUGGCACUUGGGGCUGCAGGGAGGGCAGCAGCCAGCCAGGGGGUCUCCAUGGCCCUUUCCCCAGAAGAGCCGGCAGGCUGCAGGCGCCCCACAUGCCCCACAGCAGGACAGGAAGGAGAGGGGCCGUCUCAGUGGGAACCGCAGGACUGUAGUGUGGCAGCAGGCGGUCAGUCCCCAGCAUCUCCAGGCCCCAGGUCCAAAAUCCAGCAGAGCUGCUGCCAGCCAGUGUCAGCAGCCCUGGGUUCACCAGACCCAAUGGCCUUGACUUUGUCUAGGGUGGCUUCUUACACUCACACACACACACACACACACCGUUCAUAAGCUGGGAUAACUCAGUCAGUAGAGCAGGAGAUUCCUGCUCUUGGAAUCAUGGUUCAAAAAAGGAUUCUUGGGCUGGGCUGGGCUGCCUGACCCUGAUGGUCCCUUCUGACUCUGUGAUACUAUGCUAACUUCCAAAGCUUCCCAGAACUGCAGAGGGGGAAACUGAGACUGGAUGUAGAAAUACUAACUAUGUUUAUUAUUUUAUUCUGUAUACCCCGCCCAUCUGGCUGGGCUGCCCCAUCCACUCUGGGCGGCUUCCAAGAGAGAUGAAAGCAGAACCAAACAUCACAUGUUGAAAACUUCCCUGCACAGGCAGCCCCAAAGCUGUUUUUGCUAUUAAAGUUGUGGAGUGGAGAUUGGUGGGGAGCAGAGAUCCUGGAGACGGGGCAGGAAGAGGCAGCACAGGUCUUUCCCCCCUUUUCUUUUGAAAGUUUAGCUUAAUUUAUUACAUAAAGAGAGAGAGAGAGAAGUGAAAAAUACAAGGACACAAAAACCACGGGAGAGGACCCUCUCCCACGAAAUGAGGUUCAAACCCAAGGAGAAGAUUCCCAACAAUAUAACACAACAAUCACGAAGGAGCCCCUUCCAGCAGGGGGCGUCUUUUUGAGGAAUGCCAAAGCCUCAGAGGCACAGAGGACCUCUGCAGCCGGAUCAGGCCAGUGGCUCCUCUGGGUCAGCAUCCUGCUCGCAUUGCAAUGAAGCACGUGCCCCAAAGGGAAGGAGCCCCAGAGCAGCGCCAGACUGCCGCAACCCUCUCCCCAGCUAGAAGCUACCCUUCAGACCCAGAGCUCCUGGCCCCAGACGGAGAAAUGAGCCAUUGGGGGGGGGGUGGCCCCGAUCCUCCGUUAAUUUGCCUAAUUGGUGGCCAUCCCAGUCUCUUGUGGGAGCCAGUCCCAUGGUUUACACACAUCUGCCCUGUAUCUUCCGGCAUUCGGCCUUUUCAGAUGUCGCCGGCAGGUUUUAGAGGGAAAUACAGGCAGAAGAAACCAGUCGCCCCUUGACUGCUCCCUGGCCGCCUCUGUCCCCGGAGGGCUUCUCUUGCUGGGGCGGCUCACUUUCACCAUCCAAAGGCGGACACAGUUGAGGAAGGCGCCUCCCCAGGAGAGGCUUUUUGCCUUGCAGGCGGUUGGCCUAGAUGACCCUUGGAGUCCCUUCCAGCUCCGUGAUUCUAAAAAGCAGGUCAAAAGCAACACCUUGAAUGGUGCCAAGGAGCCCUGGCUUCUGGCCGCCAUUGUUCCAUGGAGGUGGCAGUGAAAGUGUGGGUCUUUGUGCUGGUUGCAAACCCCACCCCCGGGUCCCUGGGCGUUCAUUGCAGGGGGUUGGCCUGGGUGGCCCUUGAGAGUCCUUCACAACUCUCCGAUGCCAUGAGAACCCACCUCCUUCCCAAGGAAUCGCUUCCACUGUCAGAAAGUUCUUCUUGCUGUUUAUUUGGGAUCUCCUAUGUCGCCCCUCUGCCACCUGGCUUUUUAUGGCGGCCUAGGUAUGGCUGGUGUGGGACAGAGCCUAGGGCUUGCCGAUCAGGUCGGUGGUUCGAAUCCCUGCAACGGGGUGAGUUCCCAGCUCCUACCAACCUAGCAGUUGCACAUCA